AUGCCGAUUGAAAUACGCCUGACCACAUCCUCUGGCACACUCGAAUGGCGUAUCCGCUUUCCUGGUUGGGCACGCUCUUGGCAAGAAGCCCGAAUGCUGGUUGCUGAAGAGGCUCGCCGUCGUGGCCAUGCACUAGCCUGGCGUCGUCUUCAAUACUUGGCAACAGAACGAUCAUCCUCAUUCAUCUGGCAAACUAACGUAGAAACCAGUACUGUCUCAAACCAGUCUACGACCGCUGCGCGGUUCCGGCACUGGCCAAACGUCGAUGAGUUCAUCCUGCCAUCUGGCCCCUGGAGCCAGGCAGAACUAGCCGAGCUUAUUAGUGAGGGUCGAAUCACUAAUUACCAUUGGGUUCCAGUACUUCUGGAUCCAACUACAGGUCGCGAAGUCGCAGAUAUUCGUGAUGACCCAACCAUCUAUCAGUUGCGCAAAACUAGCUUAAUCUCGGCUAGAUGA